UGAUUCGGCAGGUAGACUCAGAUGAGAUUAGAGCAUCAUGUCUUCCUGCACACUCCUGCUGCUCCUGGUCUCCUGUUCUGGAGCCCUGGCCUCCCACUUCUACGGAGGGACCCUGACCUUCACCCCGAAAGGAAGGAACCCCGAUGGAUCGUUCAGGGUGGACAUCCGCUACAAGCAGACUUACGAGUCCUGCUAUCUGUGGAAUGAGUGGUACUGUCACAGUGGGGACUGUGGGUACGACAGCAGAUUUGAGGUUGCAGAAGUGGACAGCGGUACUAGUGGAGUCAGUUAUUAUGGAGGCAGGUGGUGUACAAUCGAAGCAUUAAUGACAAAAAAUAUUCGAAGCAACCAGCCUUUUGAAAUGGGGAAAACAGGGUGUUGUUGGAUUUUCAAUUCGUUAAGCUAUAGUGCAUCAUGGGCUCUUCUGACACAUGUGGACCUUGGGAUCAGGUCAGACACUCGGGAACCCAACCGAUCUCCAGUGACAGCAGUUCUGCCUUUCAUCCGGAUACCUCAGAACUGUCCAAGGAGACUUAAAUUGCUGGCUCAUGACCCCGAUAAGGACCAAGUCAGAUGCAGAUAUGGAACAACUCAAAAUGAGUGCUUUUACUGCCACCACCACACAGGAUUCUACCUGGAUGAAAAUUCCUGCACCCUGACUUACCAGUACAACUCCAUCCAAAAUGCUCAUGCCUUUGAGAUUGUCCUGGAGGAUUUCCCCAGACAACAAAUCACUCUGUCUUACACCGAUGGCACAUUGUCCAGGAAGUCUCCACUAGUGACAGGACAAAAGCAGUGGUACCAGGCCCCUACAACUACAGAUGCCCCUACGACUACAGCAGUCGCUACGACACAGUCGUGGUGGAACCGGCUUAUCAGCACGCCCGCACCGUACUGGGGAAGCCAACUCUACAGUACACCUUCCCCCUGGUGGUGGAACCAACCCAACACUUCACCUGCACCUUACUGGUGGAACCAGCCUGGCACUACAGCCACAACCUCCACAACUUCAACAACAGCACAGUGGCAGCAGUCCACUACAACCACCCCUUUUCCCACAACACCUUUGCAUGCUCCCUCUACGAACCCACUGAGCAAAAUCCCACUGCAUUUUGCAAUCCAAGUUGACCCAGCUGUGCAUUCCUGUACUGAGGGGGAACUUCUGCCCCGGUUUCUGCCCCCGACUCCAAGAAAUGGAGAAUUUCGCAAUGCCUCUGUCAAUCAGGAACUGGAAAUUAGGCUCAAAGCUACAGCAACACAAUCAUGGGUAAAUAACUUCAUUAUCAGUGGACCUCUGAACAUCACAAAGUACAACACUAUCGGUGGAGCAGAUGGAGAAUCUCUAAUAAGAUGGACACCAACUGAAAAUGACCUUGGUGAUCAUGUUCCCAUUUGCUUCAUUGCAGAGAGUCAAUCUGGGUCCAGUAUUUUUCAUUCUGAAAUGAGAUGCAUCAUUGUCACCGUUGGACACACAUAUGGCAAAGCCAAUGUGAUUUGUAACGAGAACACAAUGACAGUGGAAUUGGAGAAGUCCUCAAUAAUUGGACUUCAUGAAGAUCACCUGCGUCUCAAUGAUGCCUCCUGCACCCCCAUCUCCAACAGCACCCAUGUGAUCGCUACCAUGUCCCUCAGCUCCUGUGGGACAAUACUGGAGGAGGACGUGGACAACCUGAUCUUCAAAAACGAAAUUACGUCAUAUGACAAACUCGAUGGCGUCAUUACCAGGAAACACCAGGUGGAGAUCGGGUUCUCAUGCACGUACCCCAAGAAGGGCAAUGUGUCUCUGGAAUUCAGGGCGCACAAGAUUCCUUUCGUGUUCACGGAAAAAGGGUUCGGAAAGUUCACCUACCAGUUUGAGUUCUUCCACAGUGACCUGUUCGACCACAUGGUGGACCCCAGUACCUACCCAGUAGAGGUGUCCCUGAGAGAGAUGCUCUACAUGGAAAUCAAAGCCACUUCCUCUUUUGCCAACACUGAACUCUUUGUGGAGUCCUGCAGAGCAACCCCUGUUGAUGACCCCAACUAUCACAUUUUCUAUGACAUAUUUGAAAAUGGUUGCGCAGUGGACGAGACAGUGGUGGUCUAUUCAAAUAACUCUUCAGAAUUCAAAUUUGGAAUUGAGGCCUUCAAGUUCAUUGGGCAGCAUGAGGAGGUCUUCAUAAGCUGCUCAGUCAUCCUGUGUGUGGCAGGGAACCCCUUCACCAGAUGUUCUCAGGGCUGCAUCAAUGCCACAGCCGCCCCUGUUAUACAUCACCACCAUAGGAGGGCUGUUGCCACAGAGACGAUCAGACACUACAUUUCCCAGGGGCCUUUGCGUCUAAAGAAGAGCACAGACAUCACAGUUUCCAACAUGAGCUUGAACAUGAACCUGGUUUUCAUCGCUGCUGUUCUCCUGGUCGCGGUUGGAAUUAUGUGUGGAGCAGUGAUUUAUACAGCAAAGAGGUCAAAGGUCAAAUACCAACCACUUCCAUCCACUGACUUCUGAGACACUGUUUGCAUGCUCAUUAAACAGUGAACGCUUUCUAGACAAUCACAUUAAGACAAUAUUUCCCUUUUAAUAAUGAAAGAUGAAUUGGCUUUUCAGGCCCUGAAUCUGUAUAAUCUCUUCUUUGGUGUAAUGAAUUUCAGAAAAUAGUGAUUAUUGUGAGCUUGGAUUUGUUAAUUACAAUGCUUCAAUAACCUUACCGUGACUGCUUAGCUAUGAAUGAAAUGUUUAUUAAAAUUAAUUCACAUUGUCACAUCAUAAGACAUGUCACAUCAAUGACUAUGGCUUGACUAUAAUUGUAGUUUUUUUUAAAUGCUGCAAAAUGUAAUUUUGUUGUAAUGGCUCUGAAUUUAUGGUAAACAUUUGAUAUAAACUUUCUACAAGAAAUA